AGUUCCCGCGUUUAAACGGUAGGAUAUUAUAUGAAUGCAACGAGUAACCCAUCUAUGAAGCUCGUGUUUAAAAACUCUUGAAAAUAAUUUCAUUUGCAAACCUCAAAUUUUGCGAAAUGACUAAAGAACGAAGCGGUUUGAUGUUUAUCGACAAUACAUUUGAAGCUCAAAAACAUGAAAAGGAGCAGGAGAAAUUAAAAGACCCUGUAAAGCAAAAAAUAAGUGGUAACGAAAAACAUUGUCCAAAAACUGACAAAGCUCAAUCUAAGAAAGCAACUAAACAAGCAAAAACAACGGUUGCUCACCCGGUGAAAGAUGGAGAGUGUCAAACAAAUAUUUUAGAAUUGACAGAAACUGCCACCCAAACCGAGAUGGUUGUCAGUAAUAGUGAUAAAACAAAAGAUGAAGAAUAUACCGAAACAAAAAAUGAUGACAUUGAAGUCAUGCAAGAAUGGAUUAAAACAGUUAAGGAGGCAACGUCAGAAGAAAACGAUGAUAUGCAAAAAGAGCGUGAAGAGAUUUUAAAGGAGAAUAAAACUCUACGAGAAAAAAUUGAAGAGCUCGAAAAGAAGGUUGAAAAUCUAACAGAAGUAGCCCAGUAUUUUGAAGAUAAAGCUGAAACCUUUGCUCAAUACAUUGAGAAAAAUCUUUCGAACGAAGAAGAGUCCCAGUGA